AUGGAGGACCUCUCGGAGCUCACCACCCUCACGGCACAGCUGAACGACAGGCUGCAGGACAAGAUUGCGCAAGUUCGCGCUGAAAUGGCGCGCCUACAGGAAGAGAAGGCGGAGUUCGAGGCCGAGAAGGCUGUCAUGCAGUGCCUAGCCUCCCAGCAGAGUGAUGUCAUCAAGCUCAAUGUUAGGGGAAAGCACAUAGAAACGAGGAGGUCGACGCUGUGUCAGGUGGAUGGGUGCCUUCUGCAGUACAUGUUCAGCGGGCGGUGGGAGGACAGGCUAGAAAGGGAUGCAGAGGGCCGUGUGUUCCUGGACUACAACUCAUACUGCCUUGAGAAGAUACUAGACUUUUUGUGGGCUCUGCAGCUGUCUAGUGCAGAAUACCCUGCACCCUUGCCAGAAGUCAAACCUGAUGAAUCUGCCAAUUUCCGGUUGCUGGUGAGAUAUUUGGGCUUGGAGGAGUUGAUCUAUCCAGAGCUGAAGCGUUUCAGCGAUGAGCUGAAGACUGCGGAAGUGCAAACCCUGGAUUCUGGACUUCGAGCUUUGCAAAAAGCAGGGAAGGAUGCCUAUCAGAGCGUUUUUGGACAUGGAGUGUUUGUGAACGAGGUUGUAGAAUUCCGGCUGAAGAUUGAGCAGUUGAGGAAUUCAUACAAAUGGAUGAUGUUUGGAGUAAUUCCUGAAGAUUAUCCAGCAACAAGGAACAGCCAUGAAAAACAAGGCAGCUUUGGAUGGUCAACGAAUGGAAACACCUGGAUUGCAGGCAAGAGCACAAGGAGUUACAAAGGCUUCAAGUCUGGAGUUCUUGGUGAGGGCUCUGAAGUCGCCAUGACACUGGAUUGCAGACCGAGGCACAACACACUCACGUUGCACAUAAUUGGGACGCCCAACGAAUACCAGCUGAUGGACCUCCCUCGCAAUCAGUGGCGGCUACAGGUUGUGCUGUAUGGAAACGGCGACGAAAUUAGGAUUCAGAAUAUCAAGAAAUUACCAGGCUCACAGAUACUCAAGUGA